ACCAGCCUUCUUUCUCACUGUCUUUCUCUAGCGCCUAGCGCCACAACCUUUUCUCCCUCUCUUCUCUUCACUCUUCAGCGCCUGCACACCGCCACCGGUCCACUCUCCGACAAUUCUGUGACUCACGGCGCAGCACAGGCUGCACAACACAGCUCUCUCUAUCUCUGAGUCUCCGUCUCCGUUUCCAACUCUCCGGUGAAGGGAAGGAGAAGGGUUUAGGAGAAAGCCACCUUUAGGGUUUUUGCGGUACCAACAAACAACUGUCUCCGAGUCUCUCUGCCUCCGAAACUCUGCAACAUGAUUACUGGCGGGAAAAGCUACGUAUCUUCUCCUCCUGCCUUCUCAAACGACGGCAAGCGCCUCCUCGUUUGUACAGGCAACACUGUCUCCAUCUUCAGCACCUCCACUGGAUUACAGAUUGCAUCAUUGGAGGGUCACACGGAGGCGGUGACGUCGGUGAUUGUGGUGCCGGGUAGUAAGAUUUUGUGCUACUGCUGGACGGCCUCGCUCGAUGGGACCAUUCGGUAUUGGGAUUUCUCGGUGCCGGAGUUGAUGAAGAAGGUCGAUGUUAAGCUGCCCGUUUUCUCCAUGGUGAUUCCAUCUUUAUUAGGCCAACCAGCCUUGAGCAAUGAGAAGCCAACUGAUCUUUUUGCUUAUCUGUCACUUGAAAAUACAAAAGAGCAGAACAGUGUGCCCAAACCUUUGCGUGGACAGAUCCGGAAGUGUAACUUGACGGCAUCUCGUUUAAUUGGUGGCUUAAUAUUGAAAGAGACUCCACAACCAGAAUUUAUAUCUGUUAGUUCAUCAGGAAAGUUCUUCGGCAUAAGAAACAAACGCAAGCUUCAUAUAUGGAUGAUUCCUGCAAAAGACUCUGGGCAUAUAGUAGCAAAGAAAAUUACACUGCAUCAUACAAAGAAUUUGACAGUGCUUGCAUUUCAUCCAAGUAAGAGGAUUGUAGCUGCUGGUGAUGUAACUGGGAGAAUUUUAGUAUGGAGAGGAUUUGGUUACCGAUUACUUUCGAUCAGUGAUGGACUAGUGAGUGGAAGGUUGGUGAAUAAAGAGGAAGAAAGACCUGGGGUGAGGGGAAAUGAUGAUGCUGAGUCUUGCUCCACAUGGCAUUGGCACUCUGUUGAAGUGAAUGUCCUCUCUUUCUCUUCCGAUGGAGCCUAUUUAUAUUCAGGUGGAAAGGAGGGAGUUCUUGUGGUCUGGCAGCUAGAUACGGGGAAGAAAAAGUUUUUACCACGAAUUGGAUCCCCAGUUCUAUAUUAUAUAGAUUCUCCUGAUCCUACACUUUCCUCUAUAUCUUGUGCAGAUAAUCAAAUUCAUAUACUGAAAAUGCCUUCAAUGGAGAUCUUGAAGUCCAUCUCAGGGAUCAAGCUUCCUAAUUCACUUCCAGGGAUAUAUGAAGGUGGUGGGUUUGCAUUUGAUUACUCUACUGGGUGUAUUGCGCUGCGUACAGAGAACUAUAGUGUCCAAUUCUACAGCUUGUUUGAUGACUGUGGAAUAGAUGAGGUUCAGGUCUGUGAAAGAAACCAUCAACCAGCUGAUGAAAUCACGGUUUUAGUGACUUUAGUAGCUAUCUCCCGAGAUGGCUCUAUGAUGAGUACUGUUGAAGUUAAGCAACCUGAAGAGGGAAUUGGAGGUCUUGUUUGUCUUAAGUUUUGGGCACUGGGUUCAGAGAACAAAAAGUUCGGCUUGUCCACUGUUAUUUAUGAACCUCACAGGGAUGCUGGUAUUUCUUCUGUUGCUUUUCAUCCUACUCGUCAUGUAGCAGUUACCUCAUCGUAUGGUGGGGACUUCAAGAUAUGGGCUUGCAAUGAUGAGAUUCAACAGAAAGGUCGGAUGAUUCAGAAUUCUGGUUGGGCGUGCCUCGCUGUUGGGUCAUACAAAAAAAAACCAAUGACAGCUGCUACAUUUUCGUCCGAUGGUUCUGUUCUGGCUGUUGCGGCAGAGACUGUUAUCACAUUGUGGGAUCCUAAAAAGAAUGUCCUUGUUGCUGUGAUUGGAGAGACCUUUUCGCCAAUUGUGACCCUGUCCUUUGCUGGAAAGUCAGAGUUUCUAGUAUCUGUGUCCCGAGGUUCAAAGCCGCAACUCUCUGUAUGGAGUAUGUCAAAAUUGUCUCUAUGUUGGUCAUACAGGCUUCACAUUGAAGCUGUAGCAUGUACAGUGGAUCUAUUGUCUUUUGCUGUUCUUGCCCUUCUUCCUGAAUCAGCUACACGUGUCGAAUCUAGUGAACCAAAGUUUCAUGAAAGAGAUGGGGUAAUUUUAGUAUUCAAUGUAAUGGAUCCUGUUCCUGUUGCUACCUGGUCCGUAAGAAAGGCCAAGGGAGGCGGGCUUGCAUUUCUUCGAGGAAACCCAUCUUCCUUGGAACAGAAUAUUUCAGAUGGAAAUGCACCACAAGAAUUCCUUGCUUAUAUAAAUGGCAAUCAUGAGUAUGUCCUCUUUGACCCAUAUGGAAAUGAAGCAAAUGAGCUUAGCAUUACCAGGCCAGAGGGUCUUGUUGAGCUUGAAGAGACAGGGAAAUUUGGAUACUCAUCUAUUUAUGGGGAGUUACCGGAGUUGAAGUUAAAAAGAAACCAGACAUUGUCGAUCCAAUCUGCUCCUUCAGAGAGGCCUUGGGAGACCAUAUUCAGUGGGUCAUCACAUAAUCUUCCACCCCUUACCAGAUUGUGUUCGGCGUUUUUGGAAUCCUUGAUGGAGAAAAGGACUGCCAUAGUCGAAUGACUUCCGAUGAUGUGGGAAUAGUUAUUCUUUUGAUUUGCUUAUUCCCCUUUUAUCUCCAUAGCCCACAGAAUUUCUCCGAAACAGCAAACAGGGAGAGGAGAGUGUAUGCAUAAAGAUAAGGAAGCUGUACAAUAAUUGCUAGGCAGAAAUGAUGUUUGACAAUGGGAGAUAUUUGGUGGUGGAAUGCUCUUCAUACAUUGAAGUAAAUGCUCCGCUGAAGAGAGAUUGUCACAUUAAUGAUCUCCUUGAUCUCAACCUUAAGAGGGCAUAUGGGGGGAGAGAUUUUAUGUUAAGCUUAAGGCAGUCGAGUCUUCCUGGUUCAGAAAAUUUUGUAAUUGUGGCAAGUGAUGAUGCUGUCAAAAUAUUGUGAUUUUUUUUUUUUUUUUAGUUAAAAUUUUGCAGUUGAGAAUGAGCUUGGUGUGAAGACAAAAUGGUGUAAGUUUUGUUUAGAGUUCCUUCUUUUUCACUUUGUGCCAAAUUUUUCUGCAAAUUGGUUCUUUGAUAUGCAACUCAAAUGCUAUUCAUGUGACAAAAUGUACCAAAGUCCGUUCUUUAUAUCGCCAUCUGGCUUUAUUUUUCAGGUUCGAAAGCUGGCAUGAUGGAUUUUGUUUUGUACAUAUAAUGCUUCAUUGAUAUUUACAUGAAAUUUGAUAUCGAGCCUCUAGUCAGGGUUCUCAUCUAGGUGUGUAAAUGAACUGAAUUGUUUAUAAAUAGUUUGUAUAAGCUCGACUCGAGUUUAGUCCAUCUAAUAAAUAGUUGGAGUCGAAUAAUAA